GGCAACACAGUUCCACUGUUUUUGACACGCCUUUGUGAGGUAUUUCGUGUUAUUUUCCUACAUUUUCGUGAUUAAAUCUUCGUUAUUUUAAGUGAAGUGUGUUAAAUUUUGUGUAUUACAUUACUAUAAGUGUCGUGCAUUGUAUUAAAUAGCGGACUUCCUUCAAAAUAUCGUCCAAACUAAGAACCCCGUCACCAAUGGCGACCCUAACCGACCCCUACGGCACCACAGGCCAGUUGACCCUCAAGUGGGACCCCAAGAACCUGGAGAUCAGGACCAUGUCAGUGGAACGGACUCUAGAGCCCUUGGUGCUCCAGGUGACCACCCUGGUCAAUAGUAAGGACAAGUCUGCAAAGAAGAAGAGACCGGGCAAGUCAAAGCGAGCCAGCGCUCUGGUGGCGACGGUGGAGCACGCUACUGAGAUCUUCAUAGAGCGUGGGCAGACCAUCGCGUAUGAGAACCCGGAGAUAACUCAGGAGAUGCUGGCAGCUGUGGAGGAGGUCAGGAAGGCUGGCGCCGCGAUGAGCCUGGCAGCGCGCGAGUUCUCCGAGGAGCCGUGCGCGUCCGCCGUGCGCUCCGGCAUGGUGCGCGCGGCGCGUGGGCUGCUGUCGGCUGUGACGCGCCUGCUCAUCCUGGCUGACAUGGUGGACGUGCAUCUGCUGCUGUCCAACCUGCGUACCGUGGAGAGCGACCUGGACAAGCUGAAAGCGGCAUCCUCCCAGUCGGAGCUGCUGGAGUCGGCGCGCCAGCUGGGGCGCUCGGCCGGCGAGCUGGCGGCGCAGGCGGCUCGGCGGCAGCUGGAGCUGAAGGAGCCGCGCAUGAAGGACGAGCUGGCCGCCGCCAGAGCUGUGCUGAAGAAGCAUUCCACCAUGCUGCUCACUGCCUCCAAGGUGUACGUACGGCACCCCGAGCUGGCGGCGGCGAAGGCCAACCGCGACUUCGUGCUGCGCGCCGUGUGCUCCGCCGUCGACACCAUCUCCGCCGUGGCGCAGGGCCGCCCGCUGCCGCCCGCGGGCAACAGCCGUGUCCCGGUGGAAGGUCCCGGAGAGUUGGCGCAGGCUCUCGACGACUUUGAUGAGCGAAUGGUGAUGGAGCCUCUGGCGUACUCCGAGCUUCGCACCAGACCCUCGCUGGAGGAGCGCCUGGAGUCCAUCAUCUCUGGCGCGGCUCUGAUGGCUGACAGCUCCUGCACCAGAGACGAGCGCCGCGAGCGCAUAGUGGCGGAGUGCAACGCGGUGAGACAGGCGCUGCAAGACUUGCUGCACGAGUACAUGAGCAAUACGGGUCGCUCGGAGCAGUCCGAGGGCCUGGAGCGCGCGCUGGAGCAGAUGUGCCGUAAGACCAGGGACCUGCGCCGCCAGCUGCGCAAGGCCGUGGUGGACCAUGUCUCCGACAGCUUCCUGGAGACCAACGUGCCGCUGCUGGUGCUGCUGGAGGCGGCGCGCGGCGGCAACGAGAAGGAGGUGGAGGAGUACGCCAUCGUGUUCACCGAGCACGCCAACAAACUCGUCGAGGUGGCUAACUUGGUGUGUUCGAUGUCCAACAACGAAGAUGGCGUCAAGAUGGUGCGCCACGCGGCCGGACAGAUCGAGGCCUUGUGUCCGCAGGUCAUUAACGCUGCGCGCGUGCUGGCGGCGCGCAGUCGCUCGCGCGUGGCGCAGGAGAACGCGUCGGCGUUCGCGCGCGCGUGGGAGGCGGCCGUGCGCCUGCUCACCGACGCCGUCGACGACAUCACCACCAUCGACGACUUCCUCGCCGUCAGCGAGAACCACAUCCUGGAGGACGUGAACAAGUGUGUGGUGGCGCUGCAGGAGGGCGACCCGGACUCGCUGGAGAGGACCGCGGGCGCCAUCCGCGGGAGGGCUUCAAGGGUGUGCUCGGUGGUGACGCAGGAGAUGGACAACUACGAGCCGUGCAUCUACACCAAGCGAGUGCUGGAGGCUGUCACCGUGUUACGAGAUCAGGUGAUGUCCAAGUUCGCGGUGCGCGUGGACGCGGCCGUGUCGGCGCUGGGCGGCGGGGCGGGCGGCGGGCUCGACGAGAACGACUUCAUAGACGCCUCGCGCCUCGUGUACGACGCCGUGCGCGAGAUCCGUCGCGCUGUGCUCAUGAACAGGACCAGCGACGACCUGGACACGGACACGGAGUUCGAGCCCGUCGAGGACAUGACCAUGGAGACCAGGAGCCGAUCGAGCGCCCACACCGGCGAGCACGGCGUGGAUGAGUACCCUGACAUCAGCGGCAUCACCAACGCCAGGGAAGCCAUGCGCAAGAUGACGGAGGAGGACAAGCGCAAGAUCCUGCAGCAGGUGGAGCUGUUCCGGCGCGAGAAGAUGACCUUCGACAACGAGGUGGCCAAGUGGGACGACGCCGGCAACGACAUCAUCAUGCUGGCCAAGCACAUGUGCAUGAUCAUGCUGGAGAUGACUGACUUCACCAGGGGGCGCGGACCUCUGAAGACCACGAUGGACGUGAUCAACGCCGCCAAGAAGAUCUCCGAGGCCGGCACCAAGCUGGACAAGCUCACCAGGGAGAUUGCUGAGCAGUGCCCGGAGUCGUCCACCAAGCAGGACCUGCUGGCGUACCUGCAGCGGAUCGCGCUGUACUGCCACCAGAUCCAGAUCACCAGCAAGGUGAAGGCCGACGUGCAGAACAUCUCCGGGGAGCUCAUCGUCAGUGGGUUGGACAGCGCCACGUCGCUCAUCCAAGCGGCCAAGAACCUCAUGAACGCGGUGGUGCUCACCGUCAAAGCCUCCUACGUCGCCUCCACCAAGUACACCCGCCAGGGCACCAUCGCGUCGCCGAUAGUGGUGUGGCGCAUGAAGGCGCCGGAGAAGAAGCCGCUGAUCCGGCCGGAGAAGCCGGAGGAGGUGCGCGCCAAGGUGCGGCGCGGCAGCCAGAAGAAGCAGCCCAGCCCCGUGCACGCGCUCGCCGAGUUCCAGAGCCCCGCCGAGAGCGUGUGAUAUAAUAGCAACACGGCUGGAUGAACUUAAACUAUUAAUAAUUUUAUUAUAAUAGAAUAUUAAAAAUACAUAAAAAAAUAAUACUAAGUUAUUACAAUUAAUUUCACAUAAUAUAUCCGACUUAUUUUGACUUCGUGCUCGCGAUGUAUUUUUAGUUUUAAGUUUAUUUAAAAAUGUACUUUUUUAUCUUUUUGCGAAAAAACACUAAAUUAUGGCAGAUUUUUUUGACAGUUAUGUCGAAAGACCGGAUAAAUAUAAACAUUUUUAUUAUUACGCCACAUACGCAGACAACAACAAGGGUUUUUGUAAGGUUUGAAAAUACCUAAUCCCCAUAUUUUUCAGACAAAUAAAUGAACAAAUAAUUCUUUAAUAUAUAUUUUUAUUUAUCAUUCUUAUAUAUUUUUUUAACAUUGUGAUUUUUCAAAAACUCAAAACUAUCGUGAAAAUGAAAUGAGUUAUUUCGUAAUAACUUUUUCAACCAUUGAAAAUUUUUCGUUGACAUUUCAAAAUUAUUUUACUAAAAUACUCAACGAAUAUAUUUUAGAAUUUAAAAUAUUGUGAUUUUUCAUUACGAUGAAAUAAAUAAACGUUGCAACUCACACGAUUUUGUCGAUGUAUAUCCGACUAACACUUACAUACUCUUACUCAUUAAUUUAUUACUUAGUCAUGAGCUUGUUCGCGUUAUGCAAUAAAAAGUGUGCACCAACCAGCGUAAUUGUGUUUUAUAGAGGUUAUUUAAUAAUGAUUUUUAUCUUCCAUUAGAAAUGUAUGUAUGUACUAGAAUAUAAAUUCUUUGCUAUAGAGCUUACUCUAAUAAGACACUGCACGCCAUGAUUUCAUUACAGUCUCUAAUGGUUAAUCAAGUAAUCCGAAACAAUUUUAAAUUGGUUGGACAUACACCGACAAAUAUACAUUUAAACAAAAAAAACGCACAGAUCGAUUAAAAAGCCUGGAUUUAUUUAAAAGUGAUCGACAUAAACCAACGAAUGUAGUUUUUUAAACCUCGUAUGAUUUCAUAACUAGUCGGACGUACGCCGACAAAUUUAAGAAAGUUGCACCGUUUAUCUAUUUCAAUUAUACAUUAUUAUUUAUAUUAACUUUUGUAGGUCUUGGAUGUUGGUUGGCAAGACAAACCUCGAGACAAGAAAAACCUAAAAAUGUCAACCAAUAACGGAGGACUCGACAAUAUCGUUGUCUCUUUCGUUGUUUUGGGAAGAAAGAGAGGGCGAUAUUUCGAAUCCGACUAUUGGUCGAUAAUGUGUGUUUUUUCUAUUCGCGAGAUGUUGACUCAUGCUAGGCCUAUUGGUGAAAUUUAAAUAAAGCCUAAAAUGUCCCGCUACGGGACGGCCAAAUUUGAUUUAGUGAUGUAACUUUUAUGAUAAUAUAGUUUAGGGAAUUAUUAUAAUUAUGAUAUAUCACAGUUUUGUAUCACCUUUUGGAAGUUUACAGUUACAUUUAUUGAGAUAUGGCGGUAGUGUGAAUUAUAUAUAGUACUCAUAUAAGUCAGCCAUUGACGGUCAAUUAUUCUCACGUUUCUGCAGCGCAAACGGCAGCGAAGACGUUUCAUAAGUCGAGUCGUCAAGCACGCAGAGACCAAUACACGAUCAGUUAUAGUCGUGAGUGCUGCAGUAACGUGAGAAUAAUUGAUCGUCAAUGGCGUGCAUUAGUUAGUGAAACAUUAUAAAGUAUUAUAAUUUAAGUAUUUAUAGUUGUACUGUAUGAAAACAAUACAAUUUUUUCAAAAAAAAAAAUAUAAAUAAACAUUUUUUUAUUUGUAUUUUAACAGACAAAAACGAGUUUGCUUUAGACCAUAGACUGAACACAGAAUAAAGAAUGAUCCAGAAUGAGUGUUUACAAGCAGUGUGGUGAAACCGGUGAAACUCCUAAAAAAAAACUUCACGCGUCUCCUUGACGUUGACGCAUAUACAAACUUUUUUCAUAAUUUGUAUUUCAAAAUUUAAUUCUAACAACAAUUACGUAAAAUAAUCUAAUAAUCAAUAAUUACCAAUUGAAAAAAAUACUCCAUCUUACUUAUUUGGUAUUUGUGAACAAUUUUUAAAAUAUUUAAAAACACAAGACGCCAUUUUUCUUGAAUAAUAUUGAAAGUUACUGAUGCGACGCUUUGUGUCGUACUGACUCGAGAAUGUAUUCGUUUUUGAAUUUUGUCUUUGGAACAGCUACGACAACGUCGUAUUCCGUGCGCUCCAUCUGGCUAUUAUUCUUUAAUCUGUGAGAGUGAAGUAAAACUUCUUCUUAAAAUAAUAAACAAAACGCCAUCUAUGAGCCUCUGACAUAACUGCAUCGCAACAGGUUCUUCAAGUGUACAAAGAGGGUUUGUUUCAAAGUUUUCUAACAACGCCAUCUACUGGUAAUUUAUUACAACAUACACCGUUCAACUGUGCCAGUAGAUGGCAACACGCAUUUUAAAAUCGUCGCCCGAUUACACUUUUCGUAACGCAUUGAAUAACUUACUCUCCAAGUGAAGCAUGAUUAAGAAGUUUUACUUAAAAAAAUCAUCAUUUUAGUUUAACGGAAAUACUUUAAUAUGUACGCGACUCUCUUAAAAUCGAUUUCAUGUGAUGCAUAAAGUUGUAUCCAAAUGUGUGUAGGUUAUACGCCGACCUAAUUUUUUUUGUACUAAAUAAAUGGAAACGAAUCUAAAUUUUUAUUAAUCAAUAUAUUGUAGGAAGUCCGUUUGUCUUUGUUUGCAAUUCUUAGAUGACGUCAUGCGAGUGUCUGUGUGUAUACAAAUUCAAGAUCGGGCUUUCCGUAGACAGAGUAGUAAAUAGACGUAUUGACAUUAUGUCGGUCUCUGUGGCGCAGUGGUGUGCGUGGUGGAUUUACAAGACGGUCCUGGGUUCGAUCCCCGGCUGAGUGGUGGGAGGCUUCGGCCGUGGAUUAUUACCAUCUUACCGGCAAAGACGUAUUACCAAGCGAUUACCGUUCCGGUACGAUUUCGUGUAAAAACCGAAAGGGGUGUGAAUUUUCAACCUACGCCUAACAAGUUAGCCCGCUUCCAUCUUAGAUAGCAUCGUCAUUUACUAUCAGGUGAGAUUGUAGUCAAGAGCUAACAUUCUUUAAAAAAAAUUGCGUCAAAUAACUCAGUUAGUGCAGGCGCUAUAGGUAGGUGAGUAAUAUGAGGACCGCAUUCUGUUCACAGUUAAAUAUAAUCAAAAAAAUAAUAUCAAUAUCGGUCAUAUUAAAAAAAACGUGUGCAUCUCUCUUCUUCAACUAAUUACUUUAAUUAAUUAAAUUUAUUACAAUUAAGAAUCCUCUAUAGCCGAAGAGGUGUGAAAAUCAAACGUCAAAACGUGUCAACUUCAGCUGUAACGCGUUACGUUACCAAGCGGUUUACCCUCCCUUAUGAUGUUGUCACUUCAAUAAAGAUUUCCCUUCAGCGCUAUGUGCGCUGUAGCAUGGUGCGGGUGACAGUUACCUUGUGACGUUCAUGAUACGUACUAUUAUGAAUCGCGACAAACUUUCAAGAGUGAAACAUGUCACCCGCACAAUGCUAUAGCACACGAACUGUAGUUGGAAAAGUCAGUGUUAGGAGUAGAUACGACUAUUGUCCAACGGGCGGGGAUCGAACCACCACCCCUCGGUGAUGAGUCCGACCGUUUUACCACUGAGCUAUUGAGCCUUUUUACUCCGUCUACGAACUUUACACUCUAAGUGCUGUCUGUCAAUUGUCUAGGUUCGCUUGUCUAUACACCGCACCAUUACUUAUAAAGAGAAACGGACUUCCAAAGUAGACAAAAAUAGUUUCAUAUAUUAUAAAGUAAACUCAUAUAAAUGAAAAACACUAAAUAAUUUUAGAAGUAUGAAGGUAUUUAUUUGAUAUUUAGUGAUCUUUUUACAUGGCACCUACUAUACUUAGAUAGAAUUCGCUUGACGAUAGAAAGUAAUUAUUAUGAUAAUAAACAAAUUUUUGUAGACAUUUUCAAUUUUCUAAUAUUUUAUCUUGUAAUGAAUGAAACAAUAAACUUAUACUCCGAA